UUAUAUAAUUUCAUUACAGUUUGAUCUGAAUGAUACGCACAAUGAGUUGAUGAUCCACUGGGCUGGUGAGAACAGCGACAUGAUUGUGGUUGUUACGCGAGACCAAAGGCCAAACUAUGAAUCAACCAGUAAUGCAUAUUUCUCAUGGGAUUACGGAAAAACUUUUAGUAGUGUUGGACAAUACAUGACGCUAUACAAUGGCAGCAGAGCCACCAUAGACCGCUUUUAUCAUAGCCCGGCUGACAAUCAGAGGUACAUUUUCACAGAUAUACUGCACAAUUUUGUGUUUAUUACUGAAGAUGGAGGCAGAUCGUUUCACAGACAUCAUUUGAAUUUUAGGCCGACAGACAUAACCAUGCAUGCUGAUGAUCCCAACUUAGUACUUGCUAUGGACAAAAAUGAUUAUCAGAAAAGACUUUGGAAAUCCCAGAAUUUUGGUCACGUAUGGACAGUGAUGCAGUCAAACGUGAAGAGUUACUGGUGGGGCGUGAAAGAUUUUGAUAAAAUUGAUACAAUAUAUGUGGAGCGUAUUGAGAGUAAUGGGGUCACAAAUGUCUUGAAGUCUGAAGAUUAUUUUGAUAACGACUUUUUAAUUGAAGUGAUCAUGGAGGGAGUUGAAGAUUUUGAGAUCAAAAAUAAUUACAUGUUUGCAACAAAGAAAAUCCCACAUGGCCUACAGAGUUUAUGUGCUUGUGAUUUAAAUUCUGAUGAUUUGGAGCUGUGGGUAUCUCAUGAGCGACAGCCAUUUUCAAAGGCCACAUUCCCAACAACAAAGUCACUUCUUAAUUUUUACAUAGCUGAUGCAUCCGAAGACCAGGUGUUUGUUUGCGUCAACCAUGAUAACUAUGCAACUAACUUGUAUAUAUCCGAGUUCCAAGGCACUAGAUACGCUUUGUCGCUAGAGAAUAUUGUUUAUUACAGUCCUGAAGGCCCAGGCAAAGAUUCCUGGUUACGAAAUUACGCAGAUGAAGACUUUGCAGAGAUUCACCCGGUAGCUGGACUUCGUGGCAUUUAUGUGUCCAAUGUUUUUGUCAAUCCAUCAAGAGGUUUCCGUGAAGCAAACAUGCAAUCAGUUAUUACCUUCGACAAAGGUGGAGAGUGGGGAAACCUGAGCUCACCAGUAGUCGACAGCCAGGGGAAAACGUAUGACUGUCCAAAGGGUACCUGUGACCUCCAUCUUGCUAUGAGGUAUACACAGACAUACCCAGGGGCUCGUAUCCAACCAAUCCUGUCAAAGAGUUCAGCUCCUGGUAUGAUCAUGGCGACAGGUAGUGUUGGUGAUACCUUGAACUCAUCCGAUAUCUUCAUUUCCUCAUCAGCGGGUGUAGACUGGCGUGAGGUUUUGAAAGGCUACCAUUUUUUCUCAUUUGGUGACCACGGUGGUGUUCUUGCAGCCGUGCCUCAAAAUCCUAAGACGAAUCAGUUCAAGUACUCGCUAAAUGAAGGUGAGACGUGGCAGGUGGACAGGUUUUCCGAGAAUAAAAUAACCGUGUACGGAAUGGUAACAGAGCCAGGGGAAAAAACGGCAGUCUUCACAGUGUUUGGUUCACAACAGUCUUUUCAUAGCUGGUUGAUUGUUCAAGUCAAUGUGACUAAGAAGAUGGGACCCUUUUGUGAAAAGGAAGACUACAAGGAGUGGACCCCAGGAGACGAGUUUGAAGACGGCCAUUGUUUGCUCGGCAGGAAGACUACGUAUAAGAGACGGUUGACACAUGCGCAUUGUUAUAAUGGCAUGAACUAUGAUCGGCCAAUUUCAACGCAGAAUUGCUCAUGUACAAGAGAUGACUAUGAAUGUGAUGCCGGUUAUAAGGAGCAUGAAUAUUGGGAUGGCCAUAGCUACUGUGAGCUGGACCCUACUAGUGGAAUAGACCCAAAUGGAGUACCAACACCUUGUCCAGAGGGCACUACAUAUUACAGGACUAGAGGAUAUCGCCGUGUAGAGGGGGAUACCUGUAGCGGUGGUGAAAAUUAUCAGUAUGAUCCCAUUCCAAGUUUAUGUCCUGUAGCAGAAAAACAAGAGUUCCUUUUGUAUGCAAUGCGUUCAUCCAUCAAUCGAUAUAUAUUCAGUAGUGGACAGGAUGAGGUCAUUAUUAGUAACCUCCAGAAUGCCAUUGCCGUGGAUUUUGAUUAUGAGGACAACUGUGUAUUCUGGGCUGAUAUAGCUUUGGAUCAGAUUAUGAUGAACAUUGAACAAAAAUACUAUGCGUUACAUACUCUGGAAAAACAAGAGUUCCUUUUGUAUGCAAUGCGUUCAUCCAUCAAUCGAUAUAUAUUCAGUAGUGGACAAGAUGAGGUCAUUAUUAGUAACCUCCAGAAUGCCAUUGCCGUGGAUUUUGAUUAUGAUGACAACUGUGUAUUCUGGGCUGAUAUAGCUUUGGAUCAGAUUAUGAAACUUUGUUUUGAUACUGGUGAAAAACAAGUGCUAGUAGAGUCCAACUUAGAUACAGUGGAAGGUCUUGCAUAUGAUUGGAUCGGUGAAAAUCUCUACUUCAUGGAUUCGGGGACAAAAGCAGUGGAAGUGUGCCGCAAAGAUGGGUCUUUCCGUCGAGUGCUGUUCACUAAUACUGAUCAGCCAAGAGGAAUUGUAUUGGACCCAAAUCGUGGUGUGAUGUACUGGACAGAUUGGGGACAGGCUCCCAAAAUCCUUAUGGGAGACAUGGAUGGAAAAAAUCAGAUUGUGAUUGUCUCCACCUACAUCCAUUGGCCCAAUGGCAUUGCUAUAGAUGACAGUACAAGCAGACUAUACUGGACAGAUGCAUAUUUUGAUCGUAUCGAGACUGCUGACCUGAAUGGCCAACACCGUCAGGUUCUCUUGGAGGAGAACAUUCCUCAUCCGUAUGCAAUAGGUGUUUUUAAGGACAAGAUUUAUUGGGAUGACUGGUCAGACCAAGCAAUCAUGUCUGCCCGAAAGACAGAUGGGCAGGAAAGAAGUACAUUGCUUUCAGAUAAAAGUGGAAUUAUGGACUUGAAAAUACUUGCUAAGACAUCACAACAAGGGACCAAUCCUUGCAAGAUUAACAACGGGGGUUGUAGUCAGCUGUGCUUGCCUCGACCAGCUACUACAGCUGAAGAUAAUGGCGUCAGCAGGUCAUGUUUGUGUGCAGAUGGCUUCAAUAAAACAGUGGAUGGACGGAAUGAGCAUUGUUCCUGUGGUGGUGCAAAUGAACGUAUGUUGAGUAAUGGAACUUGCAUAGCAGACCAUCGCGGGACAUGCAAUCCUGACCAGUUCUACUGUGGUAAUGGCCGUUGCAUUCCGUCGAUAUGGAUUUGUGAUCAUGAUAAUGAUUGCGGAGAUAUGACAGAUGAAAAUCAUUGUUCUUACAAUGCCUGUCAUUCAGACGAGUUCACCUGUGUGAGUGAUGGCACAUGCAUUCCAAUACGAUGGAUGUGCGACUUUGACAAUGAUUGCAUUGAUGGCAGUGAUGAAAAUGAUCCUAGUUGUAUUAUAUCAAGUUGUGAUGAAAAUCAGUUCUCAUGUGCAAAUGGCAACUGUAUUCCACAAUCAUGGGAGUGUGAUAGUGAUAAUGAUUGUCAAGACUACUCGGAUGAAGUCAACUGCACAUAUGCACCACCCACCACAAUGUAUCCAGGAAGCUGCAGUACUUAUGAGUUCCAGUGCGAUAAUGGUCGGUGUAUUCCAAAGAGGUGGGAAUGUGAUGGCGAUAACGACUGCUCUGACAACUCCGAUGAAAUGUUUUGUAACUCAACAAUUACACCAACAUGCGAAAGCUGGCAGUUCACAUGCGCCAACGGACAGUGUAUUUACCGGUCAUGGCACUGCGAUGGUAUGGAAGAUUGUUACGAUGGCAGUGAUGAGGAUGGAUGUCCUACCUAUGAAAUAACAACUUACAGCCCACCUGAUUACGGUACUUGUUCUGGCUUCCAAUUUUCCUGUAAUAAUGGCCACUGCAUACCGUACUAUUGGAAGUGUGACGGCGUGGAUGACUGCGGUGAUUAUUCAGACGAAUAUGAUUGUUCUACUUCGUUCCCAUGGACAACCGGUGAUUAUUGGUGCACUGGCAAUGAAUUCAGAUGCAGUGAUGGACGUUGUAUCUCUUGGUAUUGGAAAUGUGACGGUGACAAUGACUGCGGUGACAUGUCGGAUGAAAGAAAUUGUUAUGCUACCUAUGAAAUAACAACUUACAGCCCACCUGAUUACGGUACUUGUUCUGGCUUCCAAUUUUCCUGUAAUAAUGAUCACUGCAUACCGUACUAUUGGAAGUGUGACGGCGUGGAUGACUGCGGUGAUUAUUCAGACGAAUAUGAUUGUUCUACUUCGUUCCCAUGGACAACCGGUGAUUAUUGGUGCACUGGCAAUGAAUUCAGAUGCAGUGAUGGACGUUGUAUCUCUUGGUAUUGGAAAUGUGACGGUGACAAUGACUGCGGUGACAUGUCGGAUGAAAGAAAUUGUUAUGACACCACUGUAGAACCAACUACUGCGGCUUACAACUGUGGUUGGUUGCAGACUUGGUGUGGACCUGCAGCAUCUGUACGCUGUGUUUGGAAUUGGUGGAUCUGUGAUGGAAAGGAUGAUUGCGGAAAUAACUUUGAUGAACAAGAUUGCAGAUUUGAUACAACAACCUAUUCUCCUCCCUGGUGGUAUACAACGGCUCAAAGAAGAUGUACUAAUUAUGAAUUCACGUGCACUAAUGGAGAGUGUAUUCGGUAUGAUUGGAAAUGCGACGGAUACAAUGAUUGCAUAGACGCCAGUGAUGAGUAUGACUGUCCUACACCAGCAUCUAGUUAUACAACUGCACCUACACCUUGCCCAUACUUCCAAUGUUAUGAUGGGGAGAUGUGCCUGCAAUGGACCCAGAAAUGUGACCACAUCCACAACUGUGCAGACGGCUCUGAUGAGUUGAAUUGCGAUUUUAACUAUACUGUGGGAAACUUCAGGGUAAUACCAAUGUCUAAAGGUAGUGUUCGAUUGAUUUGGCUACAGCCCAAUCCUGCACCUGAUUCAUAUAGCUACCAAUUGCAAAAGAGGGAAUCCUCAAUGCCUACAUGGCCUAACGCUGGAACGAUCAAUGUAGAUUAUUCUACAACAUUUUACGACUGGAAUAAUCUGAAACCUUACACAGAGUAUGUGUUCAGUGUCGCAGUUGUCGGUUUACAGAUUUACUCGCCAGCUAUUUCCGAUCCUGUUCGCACUUUAGAAGAUGUGCCUGGUGUGCCACGGAAUUUUAAUGUAUCAAACUACACACCAGAUGAUUUUGGGCGAGCAUCAGUGAAGCUCAUGUGGUCUGCACCUGAGAAUCCUAAUGGAGUUCUGUUGAAUUAUCAGAUCCAGUACAAUACAGAUGGUUGGUAUGAUAACACUUUUAAAACUGUUCCUGGUUCUGCAGUGGACGCUGUAGUGGAUGGACUAGAAUACUGGACAGAAUAUAAUUUUAAGAUUCGCGCACAGACUAAUGCUGGAUUUGGUGCAUUUGUUUCUGCUUCCAUAAAAACAUCAAAUGACACGCAUCACAUUAUCCAAACACCACCGACAGAUUUUAGGGCAGCCAGUCCUGGAAAAUAUGACAUUCACUUGCUAUGGACGCCUCCUGACACAACUGCUAAAGUCGAAAACUACGUUUUGAGCAUGUCUUCUAGUCUAUGGGAAGGAGAACAGAUUUAUCAUGAUGAUAGUGGGCCCAUCAAAAAUACAGAAAUUACUGUGCGCAAACUUUGCCCUGGAACUCAAUACGUAUUCCAAGUUGCUGCAAAUAACUCUUAUAGACAAGGACCCUUCAGUCAACAUAUUUCCAAUAAAACAAAAGGAAAAUUUCCAGAUCCUCCAACAAACUUACAGGGUAAAGUAUUGAGUGCAACAGAGGUAAAUCUUCACUGGAAACCACCAAAUGGAACUAGAGACUUGGUGUAUAAGAUUUUUUGGUCUGACAGUGCAAAGGAUCUGGAGAAAACGUGGUCAGCAAACCAAGUAACAAAAAGUACGGACUACAAUGUCACUAAUUUAUCAUCUGGAGUCAAGUAUUAUUUUGCAGUCAGUGUACAGGAUCAGAACUGUAAAUACACACAAAAAUCAAACGUCAUACUACUGCAAACAAACUUUGACUACACUCUUCCACCUCGCUCCCUGGAACCCAAAGGUAGUACUUUCUUUAACAUCACUCUACAUUGGAAAGCACCGAGGGAUGAAGUACCUGUCGCAUUGGUUUACGAUGUGCAAUACCAAGUGAAAUUCCCAAACCAGUCAAAGGGUGAACUUCAGCAUGUCUGGACUAAACCAAUUGGCAACAAUUCUAUUUGUUACAAUUUAACAGACCUGAUUCCUUCAGCCGAGUAUUUGAUCGAUGUAUCGUUGAAUACCUCACAAGCCAAGAGAACAGACACAAAAAGUGGUUUCACAGAAUCUCCUGAACCACCAGAUAUCAAGGUUGAAAUUUUAGAUGAAGGUGUUUUGGUCAGAUGGACGAAGUCACCAAAUUCCUUCUAUAAAGAGCUUUCUGUGGAUGAGAGCUAUUCGUUGUUCAGGACAAUUUCUAAAGAUGAUGAUGGAAUUUGUAUUUUGAAUACCACUGACCGUUUCUACCUUGAUAGAAAAGUGAAUGCAAACACAACUUACUUUUACUACAUUAGGACCGGAUACUAUAAAGGCUUUUACGGCAAGCGAUCAAAUACGGAACAGGUAGUAAGCCGUGGUAAUGGAGCUGUGGUGCCUCCAGCUCCCCAUACUGAUAAUAACAAUAAGGUUGUAUUUGAAACCGUCGUUCCUAUCGUAGUCAUUCUCAUCCUGGUUCUUUGUGUCACCCUUGGCUACUUCGUAAUCCGACAUCAACGCCUUCAGCGCAGUUUCAUGUCAUUUGCCAAUAGUCACUACGAUCCAGCUACUGGAGUUGCAACCUUCUCAGGCCCAGAUGGCGAUGAACUUGGAGAAGACGAGGACUCGCCAAUGAUCCGUGGGUUUUCAGAUGACGAGCCGUUGAUUGUUGCCUAGCAACUUGAUUUAAACAUCAUUUAUUGUUCAAGAUUUUGUUAUAUAUGAGUUAAAAUUAUAUUAUACUUACGUACCCAGAUCAUCUUUGUUUUUGAUUAUUUUCAUUGAGCAUAUUUGUAGAUGCAAUAGCGCAAGCAUUUGAUUUUACAGAUUUAAGGAACUCCGCUUUAUUAUUUGGACAGAGAUCAUCACAUAAUUUUGAAGUGUGGAUUUAGUCAUACGUGAAUAUCUACCAGAUUUUGAGCUAAUGUACCAAAUGAAAUUGGUUAUAUAGUGAUAAUAAAGUUAUAUAAACUCAGAAUAUAAAAAUAGCGCCAUACUUUUAUCAUUCCGUAGUACUGUAUUUUUUAUACAGGACUUAAUUUUUAGUGCAAGAAGACAGUGUAAAGCUCAUUAUUUCAAGAAGCAUAAUUGUGAGAAGAUUGAGAGGUUUAAUUUGAAUUUUAAUGAACAUUUUUCUAUAUUCAAAAGCUUCUGCGAUAGUACUUACUAGUCGUGGGGUAAUAUCAUGUUUAAAUAAUAUUCCGAUUAAUUUCAACUAUCUUUAGAUUUUAUUGGGGUCAAUUUUGUUUCAUUUUGUCGGUUCCUUUUUAUAUUUUCAUACUUUUAAAAUUCACAUAAAAUGGUAGGAUUAAAGGUAGUUAAUGCUUUUUAAUCAUCUCCCUCCAAGUUAUUCUGUUUUUCAUAUGUGUGGAAUGGGUUAUGUUUGAUUUUCAAGAAUGAUAUUGGCAUGGUAAUAAAUAUCUGGCACUUUCUGGCACCAUUUCUUCAUCAUCUGUCUUAGAUUUUUUUUUUUCCCCUGGCCAUUUGGAUAUUAGUAUGUAAAUACAGGAAAGAUAAAUGAGAGAUAACGGUUGGUAAAAGUUUGGGUGGUAGUUUCAUGCAGCUGUAAUAAUGGAAGGAACAUGUUUUCCAGUUUAUCUCCAGUAACAUUUUUUAAAGAAAUUAUAAGAUGUCUAUAAAACUAUACUUGUUAUGAACAUAUUUUUGUCAUUAUAUAUUAAGACUAAAAUACACAUUUUAUCUUUGUGAAACAUUAUUAUUAUUAUAUUAUGCUUAUGUAAUCUUUUUCAACACUAUUAUUUGGUCUUUAAUCAUAUUUUUAUUUUCUCAUCUUUUGAUCAUGUUUUUUUGUUUUAUAUCUGCAUUUUUACCACAUGAUAUUUGUAAGAUGGAUUUACAUUACAUAUAUGUAUGUAUAUAUUUUCUCUAUCUGUUUAAAAAAUUAAAUUGAUUUAAAGUUUUGUUUCAUCAUCAAAGAGCAUCAAAAUGCUGUUAUUUCAAAAAAUUCAUAUAUUAAUUCUUGUCACCAUACAAUGGCUAUCUAAUUCAAAAAUUCAAUCACUCAGAUUUUGUUGUUUGUAGGUACAUCUUAUACCACGUGAUUUUCAUCAUGUGAUUAUCAUGUAAUUAACAUGUGAAUAUUUCUAAUUAUUUGUAAAAUAAGAUUAUUUUGAUACUGAUUCAAUGAAGAUACAAAUCUGAGUUGUGGUGUUUCCAGGAUAUGUAAUGUUUUAUGAAUGAAUGCACUACCUUGAGAAUAUAGUUGUGAACUUUUUAUGCAGUAUUGUCAGUUUAAAAUUUACUCUUAUAGGCUUUCUAACCAUAAAUUACGAAUGAUGUGAGGCAAUGUUUAAUAAAAUGCUUGGCCAGAAGGUUAAAUUUUAAUGCAUAUUUAUUAGUUAGCUUAACACUACAAUAUGGUUUUUUUAGGGACAGUUGUUGAUUUGUUUAAAGCAUAAAAAUAUGAACAUAUAUGAACAUUGACCAAUACGUGGAACUUAAUCUAUGUUGCUUCAAGACUCCAUAGCACUACUUUAUUUACUGAAGUAAAAUGUUUUGAUUCAACUUAAAUUCACAAAUUAUUCUACCCCAUUCACUAUAGUGUACUCAGUUAAAUAAACGUUUUGACUACUAAA